CUCCUCGGUGCCCUGGGGCUGGGGGGCGGGGGACUGGGCGGGGCGGCCCGGGACGCCUGGGUCUUUGCCCCUCCCAUUUGCUGGGCUUCCGUGGCUCCGUCCCCGGGAGGCCGGGCAAGGCUGGCAGAAGAGGGGAAGUCUUCAGAGAUGAAAAGGAUCUUGCCAGGUGGAGAAGAGAGAAAGGGCACUGCGAGCAGAAGGAAGAGUGAACAAAGGACGGAGGCGUGAAGAGUGCACAUCAUAGUUAGAGGACUUGGUCUGAUCUGGUGCCUGUGGAAGGUGCUCUGUGGAGGGGAGGGUAGCCGGCAAGCAGGGAAGGGGAGGGCUAGCUGGGGAGGUCUGAGCUCCUGCCGGCUCAGAGAGGCUCAGCAGUGUCUUAGGUUUAAUCCUGCCCCCACCCCCGUUCCCCACAGAUCCCCCUCUGACCCCACCCGUAGGUACCCUCCCCUUCACCCAACCCCCAGCCUGGCCGCUCCCCGCCACUGAAUGGACUUCUCUCUGGGCCUACGUCUGGGGCCUCGGAACAAGAAAGCCAGCCAUCAACAGCCACCUGCGCCCUCUGGACACUGCCCACCAGCUGCCUCCCCUUGUCCGUCCUGCCCCCCCUCUGCCUGUGCCUGCCCCUACCCAGCCUGUCCCCCUCCCACCUGCUCCUGCACCGCCUAUCCUUCCUACGCAGCUCCCUGCCCCUCCUGUCCUGGCCUCCCGGGCCCACCCUGUACCUGCUCCUGCCCUCCCUGCCCCGCCUGUCCUCCCUUGACUUAUCCCCACAGUGCCUGCAGCCAGUGCUCUGGCCAGCACUUGACCUGCUGCCGCCCCUCUCCUUGCCCCAUGUACCCUUGCUCCAGGGGUCGAGCCACCUGCUCCAGCUCCUGCUGGGGCUGCAGUGACAGCUGUGGCUGUGGUCGAGGGGCUGCCUGGGGACCUCCAGGCUCCACUGGCCACUGCAGCUGCUGCUUUAGGGGACAGCGCACCUCUCGGCACUGUCUGAUUGUCUAGGAGGCGGUUGCCCCUUGGGAGAGUGCCCAUCUCCUGGAGCACUUCUGCAGGCAGAAGAUCAGCUGGACCCUCUCCCAGGCAGGGAGGGGGGCAGGCUGCUCAGAGCCCCCUGGCCUCCUCCUCAGUCCUGGGAGUGAGAGCCAGGCCUCUGUUUUGAAGCUAGUUUCUGGACACGCUCUCACUGGUUCCAGAACCUCCUCUUCUGCAACUUCUGCAAUGGAAAAUGUUCUUCUCAGGGCUUCUCCUGUGGUCCCUGAAGAAGAACUCCAGCUGAUGUAGAAGACAUAUGGAAUUAGGAAAAUCACCGUUUUUGCAACCCCUAAUGAAAUAACUGAUCAAAGAAAGACUCUUCAAUGGAUGAAGCUAAGGAUGGUGGUUGAUGGAGAACGUUACAAUGGAGGAAUGAAGCUGUAACUACCUGACCCCACUGAUGAAUCUUAGCAUCACUAAAAAGGGCACAACCACAUAGCCUGUACCUCCUGAUAUGAUGCAAUCUGAAGCACUCAGCACCACCUGUGAAGGACUCUUGCCAAACAAAGAAACAAACAAAAAAAAACUGAGCAUGAUUCUACUCAAACCCUACCACUAACCUCCAUUUAAUAGGAAAUAUGGGAAGUGGAGAACAAAUUAAAUGGCACAACAAGAAAGUAAAACAAAAAUAAUAAUAAAAAAAAAAAGUAAAACAAAAUAUCCAGAAUGUGGGACAUUCUAAAGGAAAUCUGACCUGAUUUCUUCAACUAGUCAAUGGCUGAACAGGAGGGUCAAUGAGAGGGUGGCGUACAAAGACAGCCACUACACAGGAUAAGUGGACCUUGUUUGAUUCCUGAUGGGGACCUCCCAAUUGUAAAAAGACAUUUUUAGACUGUUGAAAACAUUUAAUUAUUUAUUUAACAUUUAAUUAAACAUUUAAUUUAAUUAUGAACGGGGUACUUACAAUGCCAAGGAAUCAGUGUUGAUUUUGUUAAAUGUGAAAAUGGCCUUGAGGUUAUGUAAGAAAAGGUCCUUAUUUCCUAGAGAUGCAUACUGAAGCAUGGAAUGAAGUGAUGUAUUUAAGUAUUUUGGCAAAUAAAAGAAAGGAGGAAAAGGAACAAAAGGAUAAAAAUCAAUAUUGUUGAAUUAAGUAUAUAGGGUUUCAUAGAACCUCUUUACCUUUAUUUGAACAUUUUCAUAAUAAAAGUUUUAAAUGAUG